AUGGCCCAAUGCUACAUCAACCAACAUUUCCUCAUUUAUCCCUCUCCUAGGAUCUUGGGCACCAUCAUUGCAGUUGUGCUGUUACUGGCAUUUGUAGAACGUCCUUCCUCAGUGUCCAUCUCUUCAGAUCCCCGCCACCAAUCCAGCCGAUGGGAACCUCCAUGUGGUGCCCCAGAGAGCGUCGAGAUGCUCUGUCUCAUCAUCUUCUGCCUGGAUCUUGCUGUCAAAAGCUACUUGAUUGGCUGGGAGGAAUUCAGAAAGAGCAAAUGGCUGAUCAGCUACACUGUAGUCAUUUGUAUUUCUGUCGUUGACUGGAUGCUCUCUGUCAGCAUGGAGUGUGACGAGAAACUGAGAGUACGACGGCUUGUCCGGCCAUUCUUCCUUCUGCAGAACUCCUCUCUGAUGAAAAAGACACUGAAAUGCAUCAAGAGAACCCUACCUGAGAUUGCUAGUGUGAUCCUGCUGCUUGCUCUGCAUCUCUGCCUCUUCACUAUGGUUGGCAUGCUGCUGUUUGCUAAAAAUGCAGAUCAAAAGAAGAAUGGUGAGUGGGAGUUACAUUUCAAGAACCUGACCACCUCCCUGACCUCUCUGCUGGUGCUGCUCACCACAGCUAACAAUCCUGAUGUCAUGAUCCCUGCCUAUUCCCUCAACAGAUGCUACGCCAUUUUCUUUAUCAUCUUCAGUAUCAUUGGAACAUACUGUCUGAUGAACUUGCUGACUGCCAUCAUCUAUAACCAGUUCAGGGGAUAUUUACUGAUGUCAGUCCAGACAUCCAUCAUUAGGAGACGGCUGGGGAUCCGAGCUGCGUUCCAUGUCCUUAGCUGUCACAAUUCACAAACAGAAGCACAAGAACUUGUGAGAGUCGAUGCUGUGCUUCAGGUGAUGUCCAGAGUCAACAUGAAGCGCUUCUACAAAUCAGCCAUCACAGUGGCAUCGCAGCAGUUUGCAGAACAGGGCUACAUGGAUCGACAGCAGUUCAGGAAAAUAUUUGAUGAACUGGAUAAAGAUUGUAUCAAGGAGCAUCCUCCUUUACCGCAGUAUACAUCUGCAACGUUGCAAAAACUUCAGGUGGUCUUCAGUCACUACUACCUCACUGUCCUAGGAAACCUGGUGGCACUGGCCAAUGUCUUAUGCAUAUGUACUAUCCUGGUUCUAAACUCUGAAAAGUCAACUGAAGAGAGAGACAACUACAUCUUAGAGGUGAAGACAUUGCCUUUGUCACAGGAUGAAUGUUUUCUUAAAAUUUACCAUAAAACAGGGUACCAUGCC